AUGUUGUUCGUCAAAGCAGCCUUGGGCAUUUCCUCCCUCAUCGUUCUUGCCGCGGCGCAGGAACCCGUCGAUGCUAUUCGCAAGACCCUGACCCCGGGGUUCUCCAAAGUCCCCGCCAAUACCAACCAGCUCCUGUCGCGGUCACUGGACAAAAGAUGCUCUGGAUCUUGCGCACAAUGUUUUGGUGAUGGCUAUACCCUGUGUCCCGGCAGCACGCUAUAUUGCUAUCUUCCCGGCGACUCUCUCUACGGCCUUGACUCCUGCACAAGCAGCACAGGCAGCUCCGGCGGCUCGGGCUCAGGUGGAAGCUCAGGUGGAAGCGCAACCGCAUCGGCACCGGCAUCUUCAUCCACAGGAACCGACACUCUGUGCACGCAAAAGGGCGCGACUUGCAAGUCUUGCUUUGGUUCCACCUUCCAAGAUUGCCCGGACGGUUUCCACUGCUAUGACCCUAACGACCCACUAUACAACACAUGUCCCGACAGUGGCAGCACUGGUAGUGGCAGUGGUAGCACCACCACAUCCCAAUGCGAAGCGCAGUUCGGCUCUGGAAGCGAGCCUUGUGGCACGGAUGCCUGCUAUAACCCUGGCGAAGGCGAUGUUUGCUGCCAGGAUGGAUAUCAUUGCGAAGGUGGUUACUCUUGCUCUGCCAAUGUCGGCAAAUGCUGUGCUCCAGGCUCAACUGCUUCCGGAUGUUCCAAGUCGAGUGGCAGCAGUGGACUCGGUGGUGGCCUAGUUUCUUCUUCAUCUUCAUCCACCACCAGAACAUCCUCCAGAUCGACUGCCAUCCCCACGUCUGGCGACAGCUUUACCUCUGCAACCACCGGAGAUGGUUUCCUUGUGACGACUGCCUCAACCGGGUCAGCCACAGCUGCCGCGACUGAAAGUUCUCAGACCGGCGUCAACCAGCUUGCCAAUGGUGUCGGUUCAGGGCCGUUGGUGGACAGCAAACUGAUGUUGGUUGCAGCCGGUUUGGGUGCUGCUCUGUUAUAA